AAAAGAUCAAAUCGUUUUCAAUACAGUACCAAUAUAUCUCCCUCCGUUUUCGCUCGAUUUCACUUCCGAUGUCGAUGAAGAGGGAUUUUGUGGGUUCUUCAUCACCAUCAUGGAAAAGAACAAGGUUUGAUUUCGACGAUUCUGAGGUAUAUCUGCUUUACAAUCUCCACAGUGGUCCUGUUAGAUAUGUGAUGUACAAGCUUCAUACUAGUGCUAUCGGUAAUGAUGAUGAUAAGGGAAACGAUUCGACUAGGAUACCAAAUUUAACUACUGUAUUUGAACUGCCUCGUGAGAAAUAUCCCGGCUCUAUGGGCUCUUUCGCCCUGGGCUCUAGGAUCUAUCUGCUCGGGGGUGAAGUCGGACUUCACGGUGAAGUCGAUUUCGUUCUCCAGGAUGGCAGCAAUACUCAACGCAUCUCAAAAAAUGUGUAUUUCUUUGAUACUGCAGCUGCCAUUUCCGCCCCUUCAUCUUUAUCGGUGGCACCUCCUAUGGAAGGUGGUAAGAGGUUACCGCGGGCAAUUCACGUGAAUGGGAUGGUAUACGUCAUUUCAGAUAUUCCUAGUUUCUAUACUUGCUACUGUGAGGAGGAGCCAUUAUUCGAGGUUUUCGACCCACUGGGUAAUGAGGGUGAGGGAAAGUGGUCUUCCUUGCCCAGACCUCCUUUCUAUUGCCGCUCUAGUAACCAUGGGAGCCAUGAGAUUAACGGUGCAGGCAGGAUUCUCUCCUAUGCUGUUGUGGCCCAUCAGAUUUUUUUCUUCACCACCAAAAAGGACCAAGUGAACGUUUUUGAUGUCUACAAACGCGGAUGGACGUCUUUGAAGGUCUACAACGGGCGUAAUAACCGUUUGCCCUUUGGGAAGACAGUCAUGCCGAUAUCUGACUCUGUGUGGGCUGCCCUUGGUACUUCUCCCUGCCGUAUGUCCCCCAUUAGUACUUUCAAUCUCACAGCAGAUUUUAGAUUGGUAGGGAAAGAGGUCGAAGGCCUCGAGACUAUCCGUUUUACUCACGAGCCACCUCUAGCCUAUGGCAUUUAUUACCAUCUCCUUGACAUGGGGAAUGGCUUGGUUUGUCUUCUCAAAUUUGGCAACGAUGAGGAGGGCUUCAUGAAAGGGAAGGCAUACGUUUCUGCUACCGUGUUUCACCUUGUCAAAAAGUGCACGGAUAAGGUCUCUUUUGGCGAAUCAAAUUAUUGGCUGGGUCAAAGAUUGUUGCCCUUGCUCCCACCGGGUGUCCGAAUGCAUGAUUACAGCGAGGUUAUUGGAGAGAUACAAGUAUUUGGUGCUGAAGGACUCCGCAGCUCUUUGUUUGCCCCUGGGGUCGAAAACUACAAUACAACCUAUGCCGCAGUUGGUAGCUUCGUUAUGGGGAAGGAGGGAAGAAGCCUUUGCCUGACUUGCAACUGGAGGGUAAUUUGUAAAGCAAUUAGCUUGUGGCCUGUGUGUUUUUCAUUCCUCCUUUCAUUGAAUAUCUCUAAGUGUCCUAAGCAGUUUCCACGUUCUAAUGACCUCAUUGUGUAUGUAUCCGUGUAGCCGUAUAAAUGACUAUAUAUCUGUGCACACAAUUUACACAUACGUACGAAUAUUUUUAUGCUUGCAUGGGUUUGAAGAGAAAUUUGAGGGGAGUGUAUUUUGAAGCUCCCCAAGAAGAAAGAAGAAUGAUGUUUGUAAAUGUACGAACUUAUCCAUCUCCGGUUAUUGUAUCUUGGGGUUUGUUUUGUAAUCCUCCAUGUUUUCAAUUCAUGACUUCACAAUCUAGAUGAACUACCAGGCAAACACACAUGUGCCGUUUUCCUACAACACGCCUUGUCUACCUACCUGGUUCCUCCUCUUUUAGAACAUCAACAAGCACGGAUCAAUAUGUGUCAAACUGCAGCUCUUUAAUAAGAUGAGGCCCUAUAUUAAUAGGUUAUGAGAAAUGGACAAAAUUAUGCACCUCAAUGUGAAAACUGUUCUAGUUUGGUGGUUUUUGUGUCUCUACCCAUGAGUUCGUACAGGUUAGAUGAAUUGUGAAGGAAAAAGCUGCUCAGAUAAGUACACUUCCAUUUUAGUUCCAAUUACUUGCAACAAAAAAAAGUUGCCCUUAGCAAGAUCAAGAUUGAGGCAAUUGCAGAGAAACAUGAAUUGACGGGUUAUUUCACUUUUUAAAGCUUUGCUG